AAGGAUUAAGUUACAUAGUAAUAAAAUAUGUAUAUAUAUUUGAGUCAUUUUUUGUAUACAGAACAGUGACAUACAGAAUGGUGCUAUGCAAUAUUAUUUUCGCUAACAAAAGAUUAUGUAUACAUCACAAUUGUGUAUUGGCUAUUAUAUAAAUAAAUUGGAUAUUGGACCAGUGACAAAAGUACGGAAAUCAUGUUGCGUGGGAAAUAUAAUUUUCUGAAGAGAUUUCGAAGAAUACGGAAAUAUUUUUUAAAUUUUCAAUACGCAACACAAAAUGUCACUCAAUAAUAUCUAUAAUUAAUUCAAAACUUAAAAACGUUUCAAGAAAUCCUGAAAAAAAUGCAAUAUCCGAUAAUAUCAGAUAUUAAUCACAAUGUUAUAUAAUUAUAUUAAAAUAUGAAUGUGUAUUAACAAUGAUUUCUAAGGAGAGCUAAUCAAUCUAUUUGCAAUGAUAAAAAAUAAUUCAUUCAAUGACGCUCUUAUCAUCAUCGUGGACUUUCAAAACACCAUGAAGUCUAAAACGAACGAGGGAUCAUUCAAGAAAAAUCGUUUCCUGCAACAUAAACGGUGAGCCAACAUUUACCGUCACCAUGAUGAACGUAAUGGCGGCGAUGUCGACGAGCCUACCUCAAAUGGAUUCUACGUCUUCAUCCGUCUUCAACAAUACUAUUGCCGCCUUUAGCACAACAGCGACUACAACAACAGCCGCAAAUGUAACGUCAUCAGUAGAAAAUCCGACGGUGGAAAAUCUUCCCGAAAAUGUCAACGUGCUAGUGGUGGCGAUCAAGGGUAUUAUUAUGGGCACCAUCAUCACUACGGCGGUUUUGGGCAACAUGCUAGUGAUUGCCAGCGUGCGAAGGCAUCGUAGAUUACGAGUAGUCACUAACUGUUACGUCGUCAGUCUGGCAGCGGCCGAUCUCUUGGUGGCAAUGUGCGCCAUGACUUUCAAUGCCUCAGUGGAGCUCUCAGGAGGAAAAUGGCUUUUUGGGACGGUUAUGUGCGACCUGUGGAAUUCGCUGGACGUGUACUUCAGCACCGCCAGCAUCCUCCAUCUUUGUUGUAUCAGUGUGGAUAGAUAUUAUGCCAUAGUAAGCCCGCUUGAGUACACAGUGAUAAUGAAGCAGAGUACUGUGGGAUGUAUGCUGGGUAGCGCUUGGGUCCUGCCGGCGCUGAUAAGCUUUAUUCCAAUUUUCAUGGGAUGGUACACGACAAAAGAACAUCUAGAAUACAUGGUGAAGCACCCGGAGAGUUGCGAGUUCCGAGUAAAUUUACCAUACGCCCUCAUCAGUUCCUGCGUAUCCUUUUGGAUCCCAGGUCUGGUGAUGAUUAUCAUGUACUGUAAAAUCUAUAAGGAGGCGAUUCGACAACGAAAAGCGCUCAGCCGGACGUCCAGCAACAUCGUCCUUAAUAGUGUACAUCAUCAUCGUUCAUCUACACGGCACCAUCAUCAUCAACAGAUGUUGCUGCAGGCCGCUGCCGAUACCGGUGAGCUAGCCCUUCAUACAGCACACUUCGCAGUGCCCACGGAGCUCCACGCCGUUAACGAAGAGACCGAGAUCAGUUGGCUAUAGGGGUAAGUAGAAUAAUCGAGGCUACAUUAAAAACAAAACACGCGAGACACGCGUAAACGUGUCUGAGCGCGCAGCAGCAACUACCGCUCAGUUCACUGUAACAUCUUGUUGCAAAUACAUCUAUGAUAGAAGUUAUGCCACAAUUUUAAAAAAUCGCA